UUACAAAUCAUAAUGAUGGACUACAAUGGAAAUAAUGGCGAUGAAGCCGAUAUGAAUGGAGAAACUUCAAAGAGAAAUGAUUAUGCGGGAGGAGAAGAUGAAGACAGUCGUUUUUCAGAUGAACUGGAUCCAUUAGCAGAGGCCAGCGACGGUUUCCUCACCUUGCAAGAAGCUCUUGAAAAAGAGGUUCAGCAAAUCCGGGAGAUUGGGAAGGAACCGAUACCACAACAUAAUGAAGGAGCCAGUGAAGUAAAUUCACCUCGCUCGGAGAGUGUAACCCUUGUGAACAAUGUCUAGAAUUCUAGGUAUGCAAAUAAG